AUUAUGUCAUUAUGAGACAUAACAAAGUUUUCUAAUUGGUUUUCUUUUUUAUUAAAAAUAAGGUUUAAAUGUUAAUUAUUAAAUAAGUUUUGUUUUACUAUGUCUACCAAUAAUUUAUCCUCUGUAAUGAAGUCUUGUUCGGAGAGUGAACUUAUCAAUGAAGUUUCUGAUGCUGCUAUGACACCAAAGCAAGUGGAAGGCUCCCGACUAAAGCGUACUUUUACACUGCCUCGAAAUCCAUUUGGAACAGCAAAGCCUACUUCCAGUAAGAAUAAGGUCCAUGACACUGAAAGCAAGCCUACGAGUGCUUCUUCCAUAGCCAGUGAGCCUCAGAAAGAUGAAGGUGGCAUUGAAAGGAAGUUGUUCAGAAGGCCGUCUUGGAAAAGAUUUUUAAAUAAGAUAGCCCAACAUAUGAGCACUGUUAACGUUUCCGGAGUCAAGUCACCCCCAGCAGUCAUGAAUGGUGAGCGCGUUCCUUGCAGCGGGGAUCCUCCAUGGCCACCGGGAGCCACUCCUGCUGCCACGGGUAUUAAAAACCAUGGAAAUACAUGUUACAUGAAUGCUGUACUACAGUGCCUUUCGCAUACUGAUGUUAUCGCCGAAUAUUUUGUAUUAGAUCAUUAUAAGGUGGAUCUCCAAAAACGUAAUAAAAUAAAUUCUAAAAAAUAUGGAACUCGUGGAGAAGUUACUGAGCAAUUGGCAGCUUUGCUGAAAGCUUUAUGGGCUUGCCAUUACACGCCUGAUAUGAGCACUAUGUUUAAGGGAGCUGUUGAAAGGCAUGGAACUCAGUACAGAGGCAAUAGUCAACAUGAUGCACAAGAAUUUUUAUUUUGGUUGCUAGAUAAGGUUCAUGAAGACUUGAACACAGCUACGAAGAAAAAAUAUAAAACAAUCAAAAACACCUGUGGUAAACCAGAUGAAGUUGUCGCUGCAGAAACCUUGGCAAACCAUGCUCGGAGAAAUAGUUCAUUUGUUCAAGCUGUGUUUCAGGCACAGUACAGGUCAGCUCUGACGUGUGCCAAGUGCGAGCGCACUUCUUGCACAUUCGACCCAUUUCAUUGCGUCAGUGUACAGCUUCCUUCAAGGCUCGCGACAGUGCAACCAUCACCACUACCUGUCAAUGUAGUGUACGUGAAUCAGCAGCCUCGCCAAGUGCGUAUCGGUGUAGAGUUGACACCGACCGCCACGAUGGACGACCUGCGGACGACACUGCACACCGACACCGGUAUCGAUCGGGACCACAUAAUACUCGCCGAAAUUAAUGAAACAGGAUGGUGUAACGCACGAGCCGGCUGGGAGGUCGCAGGCAUGGACUUCGGCGCUCUGUAUUGCAUGGAAGCGCCGCCUCUUCUUCAGACGCCUACCACGCCGUAUUUACUUAUACUCUGGGUCAACCUACUGGACGGCGAACGAUUUGGUUCGCCCUACGCAAUGCAAGUGCCCCGCGAGAUCUCUUACGAAGAUCUACAGAAGUUAAUGCUGAAGGAGAUGAGCCAGGUCGUCGCCGAGCGCGUGCUGGAGGACGCGCAGGCCGCCGACAUCUUCCGCGCGCGCAUCGCCGAGGCGCACCGCCCGCGCGACCCCGCCUACCUGCAGCCCGAGUUACCGCACCCGUUGUUCGCGCUGGACGUCGAGCAAGCUCUCUGCGCGCACGACAAGCACCCGCACCUUCGGCUCGAGUUGCUCUGGGACCCGGCGCACAGGGACAGCAUCAUCCGGAGCAUGGGCGAGGCGUGCGAGGUGCACGUGUCGGCGGCGGGCGCGGCGCCGCUCACGCUGCACGCCUGCCUCGCGCACUACACGCGCGCCGAGCACCUGGCGCAGGAGGACGCCUGGAGGUGCCCGCAAUGUCAACGAUAUAUGCCUGUUGUGAAAACUUUAGGACUGUGGUCUCUACCUGACAUCCUUGUUAUUCAUUUGAAGAGGUUUCGACAGCAAGCAAAAGGACGCACAAGUACAAAAUUAACGACAAUGGUCGAGUUCCCGCUGAACGACUUUGACAUGACACCCCAUCUUGUCAGACGGAAUUCAACUGGCGCUGAAUCGCCGAGCCACUCGCGCUCUCCCCGGCGAAGGCAUUCGAAAACGCCCGCCGGCGGCCCCAACGAGAACAUGUAUGAUUUGUACGCUAUCUGCUACCACCACGGCGACGAUUUAGAAACCGGUCACUACACAGCAGCUUGCAAGAAUCCCUACGACGGCCACUGGUACAAAUUCGACGAUUCUAGAGUUACGGCCGUCGAGGACGAGGAUGCUUACAGCGAACUCGUCAAUAACACCGCUUACAUGUUGUUCUAUAGGCGCAAGAGGCCGAACGUGACACACUCGUGUACCGUGGACGAUCACAACGGACAUUGGGCGUUGCGCAUGCCCAAGUAUGUGCGGCAGAAGCCCGAAGUACUCACAGAGGUCAAAGAGGAGAACGCCGACGAUCCGAAAAUCGAGGUGCAGAACAACGAAGCGGAGUCCGAAUCGGACGUGACAGCGCCAACGAACAGUCCGCUAUCGAGGAGCGUCGAGAGCCUUCCCGACGACAGCAUGGCUGAACCGCCGCCCCCAGUGAUUCAAACGACGACGGUGGUUCACAACGCGUCUAUAAUCCAAUCUCCGACGCUCCAACGACCUUUGAUUGUCGAGGUGAACGGCAACAGAACGAACAAAGAUCCGAAUGAGAACGAUUCGAGUGCGUCCACCGAGCCGUAUAUCCAUAAGGAUGUGCACGUGAACCCUAAGAUGACUCCCGUGGACUCUAGGCGGCCGCGGUCGGUGGACUACCCGGCGCGGGGCAGCGCCGCGCCUUCCCGGGACGCCAACCGCAACUACGAAAGUUCCCCGCUUGUAGCGAGCAUCAACGGCGUCGAGUACCACCCCACCACCGAAGAGCUGAUGCUGUCGAUGUUCCAAGAGUCCAAGUACAUCGUCCCGAGACACGGGAAUCACAUAACAGGGGAAUCUCAUAGAACUGGUGAGAAAUCAUCAGUUUGGAAAACUCGAAUAUCCACAUGAGAGCAGCUUAUUUACGAAAGAAGUACGCAAUUAAGUUCUUUUAUAAUUUUAUAUCCCAAUGUAGAUCUGGUUGCUUGUAGUUGACGCGAAUUCGUCUACAAGACGAGAUACAGUGAUUUGCGUUUGCAGUAGUCCCAGUUAGUUUACGAGAGAACGAUCAGAGGCUUCUAGUAUAUGACUUAUUUAUUGCAGGUUAUUUUAUUCUUUUACUGGUUGAUUAUAAUAGUUUAUUGAAAUAAUUAAAGAGAUUCAAGCAAAAAAUAAGUCUUGAUGAUUUUAAAAGUCAACUAGACCUAUUCUCGAAGCUCUUUUCUUAUUUCAUUUAUUCAUUGUUGAAUUGUGGUUGAGUUACUUAUAAUAUACUAUGUUUUAUGUAACCUUAAUUUUCCUUACAUUUAUUUACUUACCAAAGAUUGGCUACAGAUACUCAAAUUGAGGAAGGCAGCUGACAUAAAUUAAGUAGUUCUUCAUUCUUAAUAGAGCAUUUCUUGUAUGAAUAAGAAGGACCAAGCUUCCAUAUUAUAAUAAUUAUCGUGCAGGUUGUCUUCCUCAAAUAAAAACAUUUUUAAACUGGUAACAUUUUUCUACGUAUGGUAUAGCCCUGCUAUAGACUCGAGGUCAGCGUAUUUUUAGGAAACUAAAAUAAAUGCCCAAUAGAUGUGAAAAACAUUUCGUUUGAUGGUGAUAGGUUUAUUUUAGGUUGCCGCCGCUGACCAACACAUAGUCAGGGUCAUAGGUAUAAUUAAUGUGUAACAUUCUCAGUACUAAGGUUCCCAAUGAGCAUAGCUUGACCGUAUGUCAUAAUAUUGUUCUAUAUGUAUAUUGAAGAAUAUAAAUGUAACAUGAUAUAAUAAAAUGUAGAUAUUUCACACAUGUUUAAUGUAUGAUCGUAGCUAACGGGCGUAAUAAUCGAAUUUCAUAAUAAAACACAUUUGUGCCUUGGCCCUAGGGAUGUUGUGAUUUUAAAAUUAACAAAUUACAAAUUGCUGACGUUCAUCACAAUGAAGUUUAUGUCAUUGGAUUUUGAUAAUGCAUAUAAUUUAUUAUUGUGAUAUAAAUUAAUUUUAUUUGUAUUUAAUAAUCGAGUAAUAUAAAUAGGCACUACUACUGCUUACAUUAAAAUUAUAAUUUACAUCAAGGUAUUAUUUUGUGAUAUGAUUGAUUACUAUCAUGAUUUUUUGAUAAAAUAUUUUUGUUUAUAUAUUCGCCUUAUAUUGUUUUUAUAAAAUAUUCGUUUCGGAAUAUAAAAUGAUACUCUCAUAACAAAAUUAAGUUGUAAAUAUUUUGGAAUCAUAUAAUAAUAAAUGCAGUCAAAAAUGUUGGAUACCGCGCAGCUUUAGUUUAGGGGUGACGCGUACAAAAAGUGGGACAACAUAUCUAUUUUGUGAAUUUUUCAAUAAAUUUACAAAAUAGGAGAAUUUAAUCUUUUCUACACAAUAGUGUUAUGGCAACCGUUCCGCGUCAGACCCGUGCACUCCUACGCGUCAAGUACGAUCGAUACCAAAUGUAAAAACUAAAAACUAAACGUAUAUGCUUGACCCGACUCGCGUCGUGCAUACGUUCCGUUGCGCUCCUGCUUUCUGUAUGUGUCGCACUAUAGGAUAUAACGAAAUUAUUUUAUUUUUCUUUUAUAAAAGACAAGUUGAUAGUGAUGUUGCAAUAGUUAGUGGCCUAAUAUAAAUUUUCAAAAAAAUAAGCUUAGGCCUCUCCUCUUUCCAGUGAAUUUUUAAUAGUCAGGAUCGGUGUGAAUCCAUUGAACUUAUUGGUUAAUUUACUUUAAGUAUAUCUCUAUCAGCCUAAGCACAAAAUUGAACAUUUCAUCAUACAUUUUAUGUUUGUAAUUUAAGGGUAAAUGGAUCGCUCUCAGUUUUAAUAAACGUAUGAACGUCGCCUAGUUACCUUAAACUCAUAAAAAUAUUGUUGGUGUAGACUAAUUAUCUCCACUGAGAAUGUAAUCGACGUUUGUACAAAAUUAUGUAACUUAUAUUUUGUUAUCUUAAUUAUUUGUAUAGUUAAAGGAAGUGACGACCUAAUGAUACAUUCUAUUCGAUCAAGAGAUGUAGGUACGCAUUGUUUCGACAGUAAUGUGACCCGUGUUUUUCGAUUUAUAUUUCUAUCAAAACAUCGUUUCAAU